GCCUGCCCUGGCCCCUCUGGCUUCAGCUCUGGCCCCUCCAGCAGCCGGCGGACAGUGGGUUAAGGAUUGGGUGAUGUGGGAACUUCCGGAUAUGAUCACAGAGAGAGAGAGGAGGGAGACAGAGGGAGACAGAGAGACACACACACACACACACACACACACAGAGGCAGACAGCUGAGCAUCCACUCAGCUGCUUACCAGCCCCCACACCAGGGACCCAGGGGCCCAGCCCAGCCCAGCCCCUUGCCAGUGGGGCCAGGUCUCCCCACACUGGUCCCUUCCUCUCAGCUUUCCUUCCUCUCCCUCCCUCCCUCUCUGAUCUCUGUCUUUCUUUCUUUCAUUCUUUCUGUCUCUCCCUGAAUCUUUUUCUCUCUUUCACUGUCUUACUGGAUUCACUGAGGCUCCAGUUCUGGGGUACCGAGGGGUGGCUGGGGCUCAAGGGAGCCUUUCCUCCCCCAUCCUGGGGUCCAGAUCCACUCCCCAACUCUCUCCACCAGCCUGGGAUGCCCCUGGAGCCAGGGCACUGACCCCUGGGGGCUGGGCUGGAGGCUGUGCUCUGGGGUACUCAUGACAGAACACUACGCCUACCACUGAGCAGAAAGAGGGGGCCCUGGGUUGUGGGGGGAACCUGGGGGGCAACCCGUGUCCCCACUCACCCUCCACAGCCCAGCCCCCAGGCCUGGAUCUGGCGAGGGACAGACAUUGGAGCUGCCUGACGUGGGCCCCAGUUCUGGGGGCCCAUGGCACAGAGAUACGAUGAGCUGCCUCAGUACCCCGGCUUGGACAGCGCAGGCCUGGCCAACUUCUCGGAAGCCGCGCCCCGAGGGAGCGGGCGGGCAGCGGCGCUGCCCCAGGCCCCCUACGGCCCCGCCCCGCCCCCGGGGCCGGCCCGGAGCCGAGCCAGAGGAGGAGACGGACUGAAGAGCGAGAAAGACGAGAUUUACGGGCACCCACUGUUCCCGCUUCUGGCUCUGGUUUUUGAGAAGUGUGAGCUGGCCACGUGCUCCCCUAGGGAUGGGGCCGGCCCGGGGCCUGGGGGCAGCCCGGGCUUGGGGCCUGGGGCCGAUGUCUGCUCCUCCGACUCCUUCAACGAGGACAUAGCCGCCUUCGCCAAGCAGGUCCGCAUGGAGAGGCCUCUGUUCUCCUCCAACCCAGAGCUGGACAACCUGAUGAUACAGGCCAUCCAGGUACUUCGGUUUCAUCUGCUGGAGCUGGAGAAGGUACAUGACCUGUGUGACAACUUCUGCCAUCGGUAUAUCACCUGCCUCAAGGGGAAGAUGCCCAUCGAUCUGGUCAUUGAGGACCGAGACCGAGAUGGUGAUGACUCCAUCAUCCCCUGCAAAGCUGACCUGGAUGACUUCCCAACCCCUGGCCCUGGGCUCCCCCACCAGAACAAUUCCUGGGUUCGGGACCACAGUGACAGUGGAUCUGUGCACCUGGGGACACCAGGUCCAUCCAGUGGAGGCAUGGCCUCCCAGAGUGGGGACAACUCCAGUGAGCAUGGAGAUGGGCUGGAGACCAGAGCAGCCUCCCCCAGCUCUGGGCCCGAAGAUGAUGAGCCUGAUCAUGACCACAGGCAGAGUAAGAAGCGGGGAAUCUUCCCCAAGGUGGCCACCAACAUCAUGAGGGCCUGGCUUUUCCAGCACCUGGCGCACCCCUAUCCCUCUGAGGAGCAAAAGAAGCAGCUGGCCCAGGACACAGGUCUCACUAUCCUACAGGUCAACAACUGGUUCAUUAAUGCCAGGAGGCGGAUUGUGCAGCCCAUGAUUGACCAGUCCAACAGGGCAGGCCCUGGCACAGCCUACAGCCCUGAGCAUGGCCCAGCCCUGGGGGCCUUUGGCCCAGACCAGAGUCCAGGCCCUGGGCCCCCCAUGAGGACCACCGGGUCCAUGGGCAUGAGUGUGAGCCUGGACAGGCAGUGGCACUACAUGUAGGGGCAUCUGCAGCCUCACCCACUGACGCCAGGACUCCUUCUCCGUGGAUGUGGAGGGUCCUGCGAGCUGAGCCCCCCACACACACCUGGGGCUCCCAGCCAGGGCCCUGCCUGAUGCGGCCGGGCCUGAUGCCCUCCCACCUCAACACCUACCUCCCCGGGCUCCCCGGGCUCCUGGGCUGGGACUCGCUGCACACUGAGCUAUCCAUCCCUCAAUGAUGAUGAUGAGAACACGCCCACUCCAUCCUGCAGGCUCCUCAGAAACUCUGGGCUCCUUCCCUGCUUUUCCCUGAGUCCCAGGCCCCCUCGUGCCCCACCCUGGGAGCACCAAGGCCAAGGAUGGGGGGGGGAAGUUGAGGAGCCGGGGGAAAUGGUCCAGGCCCCUUCCUCCAGGCCUGGGCAGGAGGGGUCUUGGGACACAGACGGGGCAGGGUUCCUGGGGUUUUUCCCUGUCUUCCCUCGCUCUGCCUCAUUCUCUUUAGUCUGCCUCUGUCUCUUUCUCAGCCUUUUUUUUUUAAAACGAUAAAAUCUUAAAAAACAAAUCUUCCGCUCCAGCCUCUUUCCCUCCUUCAGUCCAAACCCGUAUUUGUCUCUCUGUUAACAAUGAAGAUCAGACUGGAGGAGGAAGGGGGCAGGUGGCCCCUGGGGAGGGGGCUGAGGGAGGAGGCGAUAAUGGGGCAGAAUGCCUCUGGCCCAUCGGCUGCCUCUGUUUCUGCUGCUCAUCUCUACCUCACACCCGCAUCUUUCUUUGGGUCUCACCCUCCUUUCUCUGUCUCUGUCUUUGUCUAGCUAGCCAGGGUUGAGGUUUCCAGCCCUCCCAAACACUUUGCAUAUAGCAUGGAAAGAGUCUAGGGAGGGGCCUGGGAAGUCAGGAGGACCCCAGAGAGGCUCAACUGGGUCCCCCUUAGAAGAGGAUGUGUGGGAGGCCCGGAUCA